AUGGGCUGUGAGCUGUCCAAGAUGGCGGCGCCCUGUGGAGUGCAGCGUCUCUAACAGAGGUGCCUGGAGACUGUAUCGGAGGGUGGGCCCAGGAGUCCUCCAGGCAGGCAGGGACUGACACCUUGACAGAGAGACACUGCCUCCACCUCCUGCACUGCCACCGCCACCAUGGCCAGGGAGCAGCCCAAUGUGGGGGACCUCCUCCCACUCCUGGAGACCUCCGACCUCCACCAGCUAGAAGAGAUCCGAGGCCUUAUCAAUGAGCAGCUGAGCACCGAGCGAGGGUCCAUGCUGCUGAACAGCCUGGUGGACUACUUUCUGGAAACGAAUUCUACCCAGGCCAUGCAUAUCCUCUCCUCAGUCAGAGAGCCACAUGAUAAGCACCUUCUGGACAAGAUGAACGAGUGCAUGACCAAGCAGGCCUGCCGUCUGCCCACCCUCACCCUGCUCGGCCAUGUAAUCCGCAAGCAGCCGUCCUGGAUCCACAAGAUUGCCCGAUACCCCCUGCUGCUCUCGCUGCUCAAAUGCCUCAAGACGGAUGCGGACGUAGUGGUGCUGAUAACCGGAGUGCUGGUUCUGAUCACUCUGCUGCCCAUGAUCCCUCAAGCGGGGAAACAACACCUGUGGGAGUAUUUUGACAUCUUCGGCCGCCUGGCAUCCUGGAACCUUAAGAACCCGGGGCAUAUUUCGGAGGUUUAUCUAAUCCAUCUGCACGCCAGCGUCUAUUCCCUCUUCCACCGCCUCUACGGCAUGUACCCGUGCAACUUUGUGUCCUACCUGCGGUCCCACUACAGCAUGAAGGAGAACAUGGAAACGUUUGAGGAGGUGGUAAAGCCGAUGCUUGAACACGUUCGUAUACAUCCUGAACUGGUGACUGGAACAAAGGACCAUGAGCUUGAUCCCACAAGGUGGAAAAAGUAUGAAAUCCAUGAUAUCGUCAUCGAAUGUGCCAAAGUGUCUCUGGACCCCAAGGAGGCCUCCUGUGAGGAGGGUUACGCCACCAUGCCUGAGAGCUUUUACCCCCAAAUCCACAUGCGACCACAAGACUGCACUUCCAGCCCCUACACAGACCUCCACAGCAGCUACGGAAGCUCUUCUUCGACCCCAUUCUCAACUCCACGGCAGCCGCUACCCCCGCCCCUGUCCUUGCCCCCCUUCUCAGGGACACAGCCCUCCUCCCGCAGCCCACAGACCUCCAGACGCCAGAACUCAACCUGUGAACUCAACUCUUCCUGCGGGGGGAAGGACCCUCUGUGGAGCCCCUCCUCGUUGUGUGGCAUGGCCACUCCCCCUUCCUCCAGGGGCAUGUCGCCCAACUUGGAGCUCUCCCACAGUGCCUCACACCUCCCCAGCCGCUUCCACUGCACAUCAGGAGGGAAAGGAACGCCUGCCUCAAGCACUCCAGCCACCUCUUCCCCACCACCCACCCUAUCAGAUGACUUUCCCAUAAUCUCAUUACCAGCUAGCACAGUCCAGUCCAGUCCCCCAAGAAAGGAGCGUCGACAAGGAGAGAGCAGUAAACCCACGCUGGUGCGUCAGGAGCCAGUGAAAGACACGGAAAAGAGUUCAGAGAUAACAACAAAUAGAGAUGCCGGAGCUGCUGAGAUUGUCUCCAUGACUUUAACAGAGCUGUCGGUCUUCAUGAAGAAACAGGAGCUGGAGCUUCAGCUGAGAACAGAGAAGGAGAGAGAAGAGGCUGCCAUCACAGAGGAGCUGCUGAAGAUCACUGAAGACACACAGGAGCUGCAGGGCCUGAGGGGCUUCGACUCCCCUUUCUAUCACACCACCGAGACUCUGACCGGCUGCCAGGCACAAGACAAGCUCCACUCCACCGCCCAGCCCGAGGGCCCCAUCCGCGACCCCCAGUAUGUUGUGUCGACACCAGACAAAGCGGAGAACACGGCGAGCACCAGCAGCGUUGGCAGCGAGAGAGGAGGUGGAGGAGGAGCAGGAGGAGACAGCAGGAGUUCAGCCCUCGGCCUCGAGCAGUCUUGGUCCUUCCAGUCCUGUUUCACCCCGAUCGAUCACCACCUGCACCGAAGUCCCUCGGCCCCAGACGACGAGCUGUGCAGGUUUGGCAUGUUCUCCCCGAGCCCGGGCAGCAAGACGCCAGCCCCGGUGCCCUACGAGUCGUUUUUCGACCUGGCUCUGCCCAGGGCGGCUUCGCUCUUCGUGGGCCAGAAGACAUCGGAGGCGGUGCACAAGGCGGCGAUGGAGAAGCUGCUGCAGCAAGAGGAGGGGUUGGAGGACGGGGAGGAGGAAGGGGUUGUGACUGCUUCACCACUGGAGGUGCUGGAUCGCCUAGUUCAGCAGGGGAGCGACGUCCACGAUAAAGUUCUAAAGAGAUUACCUUUGCCAAGUAAGUCAGCUGACUGGACGCACUUUGGAGGCUCUGCUCCGCUGGACGAGCUUCACACGCUGCGCAGCCAGCUGCUCCUGCUGCACAACCAGCUGCUGUACGAGCGCUACAAGAGGGAGCAGCACGCCGUCCGCAACCGACGCCUCCUCCGACGCAUCAUCAACGCCACUGCACUGGAGGAGCAGAACAAUGCUAUGAAGGACCAGCUGAACCUGCAAAGUGUGGACAUCUUGUCUCUGAGGGAGAGUCUGCAGGUGGAGCAGCAACGGUACAGGCAGCUGUGGGAUGACAGGGAGACUGUGGUGACCAGGCUCCACAGUCAGAUCAGGCAGCUGCAGCAGGGCCGAGACGACUACUACACCAAGAAUCAGGAGCUCCAGAGUAAGUUGCAGGAGGGUCAGAAAAGGAUGGAUGACCUGGAGGCGGAGCUUCAGAGAGCCAACAACAAAGUGUGCCACACCGGUCACCUCCUCAACCAGACGACCAUCAAGCUGAGCAACAGCGAGAGCACCCAGCAGCAGAUGAGCUUCCUGAACAAGCAGCUGCUGCUCCUCGGGGAGGCACAUAAGCUGUCCAUGCAGGAGCUACACCACAGCGGCGGCGACAAUGCAAAGGAGGCCCGGAUGCUGCAGGCGUCUUACGGGAAAGAGGUGGAGACGCUGAGGCAGAGCUUGUUGGUUCAGGGUCAGAAGAUGGAGGCGGCGCAGCAGAGAGUCGGCGAGCUGGAGACGCACCUCUCCAAGAAGGAACACCUCAUCGCCGAGCAGAAGAAGUUCCUGGAGGAUGUGAAAUGUCAGGCAAAGUCGGAGCUGCAGGCCUCAGACAGCAGACAUCAUGCUCAGAGGAGAAUCACUCAGCUGCUGCAGACCGAACUCCUGCAGCUCUACAGCCGAGUGGAGAUGGAAGCUCCGGCCAGCGCUGCUGCCAGCUUGCCACCAGGGGGCAGAGCUGACCCACGCACUCUUGCUGACACCAGUGUCCCGGUGCCAGAUGGACCAAGUAAAAGUCACAGCAAGGAGGCGUCGGCCAGUAGAACACCGCACGACUCCCCUCGGGGCAACGGCAGCACUUUAUCGCCAGGGCAACCAAAGGCGAGCAACUCUUCCAAGUCAUCAGCCAACUCCAUCAACGGCAGCCAGGACCUGGCCCCGCCCCUGCUGGUGGAGCCCUCGCAGUCCUGUCCCCACGUCAACCCGCUUGCACCCCUGCCCCCCCCCGCCGACGCGCCCCUCACUGUGGGCUCCUACCCCAGCGCCAAGAGCUUCCUGGGCAUGAGGGCGCGCGAGCUGUUCCGCAACAAGAGCGAGAGCCAGUGCGACGAGGAGGAGCAGCCGCCGCCGCCGCGCCUGGCCGGCCUCGCCCACGGCCUGAAGACUGAGAUGUGUGUGGAGCCCCCCUGCCCAGAUUAUAUUGCCUCCGUCAACCCCGCUCCCUGCCCCAUUCCAGCUCCUCCCCCAAUGCCGGCUCCUGCCACCCCACUCACGGUGCCCACCAAGGAGCCCCCAUCUGGGCCCAAGCAGCGGGCCUCCAGCCAGGAAAGCCCCCGCAAGAAGGCAGGGGCCGGGCCCGGUGCGGGGCGGGUUCAGGCAGGGUCAGGUCGCCCCCGGCAACAGCAUCUAAAGAUCAUGGACUACAAUGAAACACAUCACGAGCACAGUUAAGAGACAUAGAACUGAGCCGGGAUGGAAAGCGGAUGAGGACGGACUUAAGUUGGAAAACGGAGAAGAGCUACAAAAAUCAGCAAGAGUAACGUGUCUGCUACUCUCCACAAUUCAGUGUUAUUUGAUCCAUUCCUCUGAGUGGACAGCAGGAUUCCCCCCAGCGUUUCCUUUUCUUUUUUAUUUAUACUGAUUAGGGGUGGGAAUUGGCAAAAAUGUGACGAUUCAAUAGUAUUGCGAUAUUUGGGCCACGAUUCAAUAGUAUU